CCCCAGCUCCCAGUACUCGCUGUUCUCCCCAGAAGGGAAAGCCACGGUCUGUGUGGCCCCCUGGGCAGCGGUGCCAACAUGAACCCCAACACCCGCGGCUAUCCCCUGGCCUCACUGUACGUGGGGGACCUGCACCCCGACGUGACCGAGGCCAUGCUCUACGAGAAGUUCAGCCCUGCAGGACCGAUCCUGUCCAUCAGGGUCUGCCGAGACAGGCUGACCCGUCGCUCCCUAGGUUAUGCGUACGUGAACUUCCAGCAACCUGCGGACGCGGAGCGUGCCCUGGACACCAUGAACUUUGACGUUAUCAAGGGCAAACCGGUGCGCAUCAUGUGGUCUCAGCGCGACCCUUCCCUUAUGCGAAGCGGGGUCGGCAACAUCUUCAUUAAAAAUCUGGACAGAACUAUCGACAACAAAGCCCUGUACGACACGUUUUCUGCUUUUGGGAACAUCCUUUCCUGCAAGGUGGUUUGUGAUGAAAAUGGCUCCAAGGGCUACGGGUUCGUGCACUUUGAGACGCAGGAGGCUGCUGAAAGAGCCAUUGAGAAAGUAAACGGGAUGCUUCUGAAUGACCGCAAGGUGUUUGUCGGACGCUUUAUGUCUCGCAAAGAACGAGAGGCCGAGCUCCGAGCCAGGGCCAAGGAGUUCACCAACCUCUACAUCAAGAAUUUCGGCGAAGACAUGAACGAGGAGUGCCUCAAGGAUCUCUUUGGCCAGUUUGGACAUGCCUUGAGUGUGAAGGUGAUGACAGACGAACGCGGAAGAUCCAAGGGAUUUGGAUUUGUGAGCUUUGAAAGGCACGAGGAUGCCCAGAGAGCCGUGAAUGAGAUGAAUGGAAAGGAGUUCAACGGGAAACUAAUCUACGUCGGUCGAGCCCAGAAAAAGGUGGAGCGCCAGACAGAAUUGAAGCACAAAUUUGAACAGAUGAAGCAACAGCGAAUCACCAGAUACCAGGGUCUCAACCUGUAUGUGAAGAAUCUGGAUGACGGGAUUGAUGACCAACGCCUCCGGAAGGAGUUUGCACCGUUUGGCACCAUCACAAGUGCGAAGGUGAUGAUGGAGGGACGUCGAAGCAGAGGGUUUGGUUUUGUAUGUUUCUCCUCCCCAGAAGAAGCCACGAAAGCAGUCACGGAAAUGAAUGGCAGAAUCGUGGCCACCAAACCCUUGUACGUGGCUUUGGCUCAGCGCAAAGAAGAACGCCAGGCUCACCUCACUAACCAAUAUAUGCAGAGAGCGACAAAUGUGCGACCUGCGCCCAACGCGGUGAUCAGCCCAUACCAGUCGACACCUACUUCGGGUUACUUCAUGGCAACAACUAUACCACAGACUCCGAACCGUACUCCAUACUGUGCUUCCAGCCAAGUGGUUCCACUAAGACCCAGUUCUCGCUGGACCCCCCAGGAUACCAGAUCUUUGCGAAACAUACCCAGUUCUGUCUUCCCAGCUGCUUCCAGACCACCUUUUAAUACCAUGAGACCUGCUUCUUCACAGCUUUCACAAGUCAUCUCCACCCAGCGCGUGGCUAACGUAUCAUCGCAGCCAGUGGGUCCACGUCCUGCCGUGGCUGCUGGAGCAGCCGCUCCUGCUCGCCCAGUCCCACAGUACAAAUACGCUCCAGGAGUUCGCAAUCUACAGCAACACCUCAACGCACAGCCACAGGUGAUCCUGCAACAGCCUGCUGCUGUCCAUGUACAAGUUCAGGAACCUCUAACUGCUACCAUGUUGGCGUCUGCUCCCCCUCAAGAGCAAAAGCAACUAUUGGGUGAACAACUGUUUCCUCUUAUUCAAGUCCUGCACCCUACGCUUGCUGGUAAAAUCACUGGCAUGUUGUUGGAAAUUGAUAACUCAGAACUUCUUCAUAUGCUCGAGUCUCCAGAGUCUCUCCAUUCUAAAAUUGACGAAGCUGUGGCUGUACUCCAUGUCCAUCAAGUUAAAGAAGCUGCCCAGAAAGAAGUGGACAGUGCCACUGGUGUUCCACCUGUUUAG